AUGAAUCUGGGAUUUCUUUGCCCUAUAUUAGUUUAUAUAUCAAAGGUGAAUGGUGGUUUCGAGUUUAGUCCCAUUAGCGUUAACUUUCUUACUGAGUUGGCUAAAGUUAUUUUCGCCAUUAUUAUGCUCUUGUUCCAGGCUCGGAAUAAGAAAGUUGGGGAGAAAUCUCUCCUCUCAAUUUCUUCGUUAGUGCAGGCUGCUCGAAAUAAUGCACUUCUUGCAGUUUCAACUCUACUUUACGCUAUUAACAAUUACCUAAAGUUCAUCAUGCAGCUUUAUUUCAAUCCUGCUACUGUGAAGAUGCUUAGUAACCUAAAGGUUUUGGUAAUAGCUAUCUUGUUAAAGAUGAUCAUGAAGCGGCGGUUUUCUAUUAUUCAAUGGGAGGCUUUUGCCUUGUUGCUCAUUGGAAUUAUCAUAAACCAGUUGCGGUCUUUUCCAGAGGGUACAACUUCACUUGGUGUUCCGAUUGCAACAGGCGCAUACUUGUACACUCUUAUAUUUGUUUGGCAACAUUGUCGAUUUGCACAUAUCUGUGGCUUUUAUCCAGAUGCUCAAAGCUCUAAGUAUGUGGAAACAAAGUGCAUUAUUUGA